UCAUAUUCAUCUCAUUUGGUUUCAGCUGCCAACAAAAUAUCUCUUUGACUCGCUCUCACGAUCUCGAUUAUCGAUAGUCAGUCAAGAUGAUGCAGAUGCAGAUGCAGAUCAGCUCAACUCUUCCAGCCCAUAACUUCCACCUUGUUCAGGCAAAAUGCGGCAAUUUCAAAUGCCAGCAAUCUCCAUUAAAUCCUUCUAUUAAACCCACUUCAGCAUCAAUGACUCAAUCGCUGAAGCCGGUUACUUCAACUGAAUUUACUAAGAAACACCUUGCCAAUCUUGAAAAACUUAUUCAAAAACAGUCUACUCCAGAACCGAACCAACCUGAACUGGUACAACCAGUUCAUAGAGUUUCUAAUGGGAACGAUAAUAGAUCGACAUUAGCAAACAAAGGUAAAGCUUUACUUGAAGGCCUCAACUUGGGUAGGAUGUGGUCUGAAAUGAGAGCGGCUGAGGAAAUGUCACCUAGACAUCUAAACAGGCUUCAACGGUUGUUGUCCAAAACAGCGGAGUAUUCUCCAAGGAAUAAUCUGGCUUCCAGGUGGCGAGAGUAUCAUGGGAGCAACAAUUGGGCGGGGCUUCUUGAUCCGUUGGAUGAGAAUCUUCGGCGAGAGGUUGUGAGGUAUGGAGAAUUUGUGCAAGCAGCCUACCAUGCUUUCCAUUCGAAUCCGACCAUGUCAACAGAAGAAGUUCCUUUGCCCAGACAUGUGGCUCUGCCUGAUAGGUCAUAUAAGGUAACAAAGAGCCUUUACGCUACGUCCUCCGUCGGUUUGCCCAAAUGGGUAGAUGAUGUAGCACCGGAUCUCGGUUGGAUGACCCAACGAUCGAGUUGGGUCGGGUAUGUGGCUGUAUGUGACGACAAGAGAGAGAUCCAGAGAAUGGGAAGGAGGGAUAUUGUGAUUGCAUUACGUGGCACAUCCACGUGUCUUGAAUGGGCCGAGAACAUGAGGGCCCAUUUAGUUGAUAUGCCCGGAAAUCAUGACUCCGUCCAUGGACAACCAAAGGUUGAAUGUGGAUUCCUGAGCCUAUACAAAACCAGUGGAGCUCAUGUGCCGAGUCUAGCUGAAUCAGUGGCUGAAGAGAUAAGGAGGCUUAUGGAACAAUACAAGGGUGAGACCCUAAGCAUUACAGUCACAGGACACAGCUUAGGAGCAGCAUUAGCCGUAUUAGUAGCAGAUGAUUUAAGCACACAAGCCAAAGAUAUGCCACCAGUUGCAGUAUUUUCCUUCGGAGGACCUAAGGUUGGUAACAGAGGAUUUGCAAACCAAAUCAAUGCCAAAAAUGUUAAGGUCUUACGUAUUGUUAACAAUCAAGAUGUUAUUACUAAGGUCCCUGGCUUGCCAAUGGUUGAAGAACUAAAUGAUGACCUUCCAUUGGCAUACUCACAUGUGGGAAUAGAGUUACGUGUAGAUACAAAGAUGUCUCCAUAUCUAAAGCCGAAUGCUGAUGUGGCAUGCUGCCAUGAUUUAGAAGCAUAUCUCCAUUUGGUGGACGGAUUCUUGGCUUCAAAUUGUCCGUUUAGAGCCAAUGCCAAGAGAAGUUUAGUGAAGUUGCUUAACGAUCAAGGUUCUAAUGUCAAGAAAUUGUAUACAACUAAAGCUCAUGCUUUGAGUUUGAAUCUUGAUAGGCAGGGCUUCUCUCCUUCUGGUUGUCUACCUAGUCCAUCUCAAUAACCUUUUCUUGUUAUUAUUAAAAAAUGUUAAUAAAAAAAAAAUUAAAUAACAACAUAGUCUUGACAUAUAA